CACAAAUCGAACCAAAAAAAAAAUGACAGUCAAAAGUGUGUAAAUAAAACAAAGAAAAGGGAAAAUAAAUAAAGAGGCAAAGAUCUGAUCCCAGAGCACCAGCUGCCCCCCAGUCGAGAGAAGCCACCGCCAGAUCCCCGUUCCCGCGGCGAUCGAGGAGCAGACGCAGUGCGGCGAGUGCCCACGAGCAACUAGUGUCCAGUUACCAAGUGUCCAGUGUCCAGUGUCCGGUGGCCAUUGUCCAUUGUCCACAUCUCUAUGGUGGCGCCAGCAACAUGAACCUGGAAUCUCUGUUCCGCGACUUUAAUCCCUGCAAAUUCAUCGUCCACUGCAGCCUCUUCACCUUUGUCACGCUCUUCGCUUUGCGCCUGGACAACUUCAUAGAUUGGCCCUACUGGGCGAUCUUCACACCGCUUUGGAUAUGGAAGUGCACCGCCAUUCUGGGCGCCAUCGUGGGCGCCAUCGUCUGGUGCCGGUAUCCACACUAUCGACUCGAGGGCGACGCCUACACGCAGUUCAAGGCGAUGCUCAUCUCGCUGGCCCUCCACCUCAUCCUGCUGAUGUUCGAGCUGCUGGCCUGCGAUAAGCUGACCUCGGACCGCCACCUGUGGGUGCUGGUCUUCAUACCGCUGAUCUUCGGCUCGGUGGUCAGCGUGGGCGCCUGCGUGUGGGCCGUCAAGCACGAUCGCUCCUUCGAGCUGGAGCUCUUCCUGGCGGUCAAUGCGCUGCAGUUCGUCUCGCUGCCGCUGAAGCUGGAUCGCUUUGUCUACUGGAACUGGGACGUGGUCUUUGUGCCCAUGUGGAUCGUCAUUUGCCUGAGUUUGGUCAGCGUUCUGUACAACAUCAUCUUCUGCGGCAUCAUGAUGCGCACACCGGAGGUCUCGCUGCAGCAGAAGAAGGCGGCGCUAAAUGCGGCGGUGGGAAACAUUUGCACGGUGCUCCCGUUGCUCUGCUUUCAGGUGGUGAUCUGCGACAAGCUGGACGGCGAGCUAAAGUUCCCCUACAUCGUGGUCUUCUCGCCCCUGCUCGUCUCCAUUCUGGCCCUGAUCAUCCUCAGCUUCACGGCCAAGGGCGGCAACAUGUGGUGGUUCGGCAUCCGCAAGUCCUUCAGCCAGUUCCUCCUGUCCGCGAUGCCCUUCCUGCAGGAGUACGGCAAUAUCAGCUACCAUCCGGAGACGCACAGCAAUGCCGGUCAGUCCAUGCCGCUGGAUGCCAAUGCCACCUCCUCAUCGACCAGCAUGGCGGCCAGCGAGCAGCUGCACGAGUUCGGCAAGCACGACAAGAAGAGCAAGAAGGGGGCCAAGAACGACAUCCUCAAGCCGGUGGUGCCCUUCGUCAGCAUCGACCUGCCGGACUAGAUGAUAUAUAGAUAGAGGAGCAACAAUAAAUAGCAAGAACCUCUGCCUCUCAGCACGCGCACACUCGGAGACGCCGCACACCUUUGUUCAGGUGUUUAGAUAUAUAAGAUAUAUAAGCAUUGCAUACCCAAAACAAACAGACUCACACAUCGGCCGUAGCUUUUAGACUCGUACUGAAUUUUAAUUGUAAGCCAAAUGCUAACACCGCCCACGACCCAUGCCUCCCCUUCAUUCGCCUGCAUAUAAUAGCUGUACAUAUAUACUGGCCCUGACUCCACACACACACACUAUACCAUUGGCUUUCACCUUUCACCUUGACCAGUAUUUCCUUUUACAAACUGAAAAAACACCGCAGCGUAAUAAAUUCGGACUCCCGGCCUUAUAUAUGUGCUAGCAUAUUAUAUGUCACAUCCCUUAUGUGUAAUAAUGCCCUACGAUAAAGUGUAAAUAAUUUACAAAACUACAUGAAAACAAGAAAUAUACUUAAGUGCUUCCAAAACAAAAUUCAAAACGAUUGAAACUUGUGCUUAAAUGUUGGAUUUAAAUCUUAGUAAAUAAUGUUCAGGUUGUGA